UCAGAAGAACAAAAACCUCAAGCCAAAGCCUGCACACAUAACAUAAGCUCCGGCAUCAUCUCCAUCAUCUCAUAGUCCUCUUCCUCCUCAGUUCAUCCUUGCCUGUUGCCUACUCCCUCCUCAAUCCUGCAGAAGUUUCUGAAGAGAUCAAUUACCAAGAAACUGAGAGGAAACACACAGAUUAUCUGCACACAGAUCAUCACCAUACUUGCAUCUGUCGUUGAGAGAAGAUGAUCCCGUUCACAAAGCAGAGAAGCACCAAGAUGAAACGUGCCCUGCACUAAGCUAUGCUGUUCGGCAGGAGCUCGGUGAGGCCAGUGAUGGAAGCACGCCGCCGCACGCCAAGAUUCUGCAAGGCGGACUCGGAGUCGGAGCAGAGGAAGCUACGGCGUGUCAGGCUCCCCUUCUGGUCGUGCCCGCCGAAUCGGCCGCCGGGCACCUGACCUGACCUGACCUCUCUUCCUCUUCCUCUGCAUCUUCCACUUCCUCUUCCUCUUUUCUCGGUGUCUGAAUCUCUCCUGAGUUGUUGAACAGCCUGAGGAAGACACGGGCUACGAUCCUUGUGCCAUCCUGAUUUGUCCCUCCCUGUCGCCUCACUGUUUCACGCGUCCUGGAAGCAAGCAGGCAAACGACAUGGCGGCUCUGCUUUUCUUGUGAUCUGGGUUGGAAGCUUCUGCUCCUUCGAUCUUCGCCAUUUCUGAGGCGUUCUUGGGAGCAGGGCCCUUGGUCUUGCUGCUGUCUGCCACCACUCUGCCCUGCUUGCCCCUGUGUGUUCUUCUUGCUGGCUUUCUCGUCCUUGUCUGAAUCUUGCAGGUUCUUGUCUGUGACAUCCUGGAGACGCGUUUCAGGUGUUCUUGAUCUUGGAGCUUAUGCCUGCGAGUUCUUGGGUGCAGGAGGAGUUGUUAGUUGUUACCUUUGUCUCCUUCGUUGAUCCAUUGAAAGAGGCAGUGGCUGUUUGCUCUUUGAUCUGCAUGUCCUUUGGCCUUCACCGACGACGAGAUGGGCUCUGCUCCGUUCGGUGACGCCGUCGCCGGCGGUGGGCUCUAUGAGUACCAGGGGUAUCACGGUGGCUUCGCCGGCGGCCAUGGUCUCGGCCAACCGGCCGGCCGAGCGCCCGCGUUGGACGACGGUGAAACUGAGGGGAUGGACGCAUCCGCCGCCGCCGCAGUCGCCGCCAUGGAGAUGGCAAAGAGGAAUUGUGGAGGCGGCCGGGAGGAGAAGGCGGCGAUGGCGCUCAAGAGCCACAGCGAGGCGGAGCGGCGGCGGCGGGAGAGGAUCAACGCCCACCUCGCCACGCUCCGCACCAUGGUGCCCUGCACCGACAAGAUGGACAAGGCCGCGCUGCUGGCUGAGGUGGUGGGCCACGUCAAGAAGCUGAAGAGCGCCGCGGCGCGCGUCGGCCGGCGCGCCACCGUCCCGUCCGGCGCCGACGAGGUCGCCGUCGACGAAGCGUCCGCCACCGGAGGCGGAGGAGAAGGCCCCCUCCUCCUCAGGGCGACGCUGAGCUGCGACGACCGCGCCGACCUCUUCGUGGACGUCAAGCGCGCGCUGCAGCCGCUCGGGCUGGAGGUGGUCGGCUCCGAGGUCACCACGCUGGGCGGCCGCGUCCGCCUCGCCUUCCUGGUCUCGUGCGGGUCUCGCGGCGGCGCCGCCGCCGCCGCCAUGGCCUCGGUGCGCCACGCGCUCCAGUCCGUGCUCGACAAGGCCAGCUCCGGCUUCGACUUCGCGCCCAGGGCGGCGUCGCUGCUGGGCAGCAAACGCCGGAAGGUCUCCACGUUCGAGUCAUCGAGCUCCUCGUCUUGACAAGUUUCAGAGAAAAUUACGCCAAAGUCAAAAAGAUCUGAUCGGUUGCAGUGAUUUUUGCUUCUGAUAAAUUAAUCGAUCAUGGUUGUAAAAGAAAGAUACAAAGCUGAAGUGAGUUUCUUCUUUAAUUUCUUUCUUUCUUUCUUUUUGGCAAGAUUAAUUACUGAAGUGGCUUCUCAACAUUGGUUAGCACUUAGCAUUUUGCUGCUGCUUAUCUUUUCGAAGAGCGUUGUGCUCCAUGCAUGAUUAAUUACCUUGCAUUUGACAUAUAUAUAUUUGACAUUUUCACAUUUCACUGCAACUUCAGUUUAACUAGUAACUAGGAGCUUUGCUCCUUCAUGCAUGAUGCAUGACAUCA